GGUGAGCUGCAGAAUGCUAACCGCGGUGCUUCUCAUUGGACAGACGGGGACAGGUCAUCCGACGAGGACCUGGACGGGGACUCCGGGGACGUGGACCUGCCGGCGAACAGAGAUGACUUCAGGGUGUCGUGUGCGAAGGAGAUGGCUCUGCUGGCUCUGAUGGAGAAGACGGGAUACAACAUGGUGCAGGAGAACGGCCAGAGGAAGUACGGCGGCCCGCCGCCAGGUUGGGAGGGGCCGGCGCCGCCGCGGGGCUGCGAGGUCUUCGUGGGGAAGAUCCCCAGAGACAUGUUCGAGGACGAGCUGGUGCCGCUGUUCGAGAAGGCCGGCAAGAUCUACGAGUUCCGCCUCAUGAUGGAGUUCAGCGGAGAGAACCGCGGCUACGCCUUCGUCAUGUACACCAACAGAGAAGCGGCUCAGCGGGCCAUCCAGAUGCUGGACAACUGUGAGGUCCGACCCGGGAAGUUCAUCGGCGUCUGCGUGAGUCUGGACAACUGCCGCCUCUUCAUCGGCUCCAUCCCCAAAGACAAGAAGAAGGAGGAGAUCAUGGAGGAGAUGAAGAAGGUGACGGACGGCGUGGUGGACGUCAUCGUCUACCCCAGCUCUAUGGAUAAGAGCCGCAACCGAGGCUUCGCCUUCGUGGAGUAAGAGGUCCCACAAGGCGGGACUGCCAUUGCCCGCAGGACGCUCAUACCCGGAACCUUCCAGCUGUGGGGCCACUCCAUCCAGGUGGACUGGGCGGAGCCGGAGAAGGAUGUGGAUGAGGAGGUGAUGCAACGUGUUCGGGUCCUCUACGUGCGUAACCUGAUGAUGGACACGACGGAGGAAACGCUCCACCGGGAGUUCUCCAGCUUCAAACCCGGCUCCGUGGAGCGCGUCAAGAAGCUCACCGACUACGCCUUCAUCCACUACCGCAGCCGCAGCGACGCCAUCGCCGCCCUCACCCUGAUGAACGGCGCCCAGAUCGACGGCGCCACCGUGGAGGUCACCCUGGCCAAGCCGGCCGGGAUCAAGGACGGGAGCGCCGCCGGGCGGAGGUACAACACCAGGGGUUACCUGGGAAACACGGCCGCGGGGGGCAUCGGCGACGGCCACUGCUCGCUCAGAGCCACGCCCCUGCAGACUCGCUUGGGAAACCCCUAUUACAACGGAGGAGAGGACCCGGAGCGCUUCAUGUUCCCCCUGCUGCCCUGCACCCCCCUGACGCCCAUCAGUCUGCUCGCCCUGAAGCAGAGCCAGAUCGGCUCGGCCGUCAGCCUGCUGGAGUACCACUGCCACAAGAACUGCUGGUCUCCACCCGAGUACCACCUGUACUCCACCCCAGGACAGGACGGGAAACUGCUGCUCAUCUACAAGGUGGUGCUGCCGUCCACGCGAGCCACCUACAUCCCUGAUAAGCUGUGUGUGCUGCUGGACGACGCCAAGGAGCUGGCUGCCCAGACCACACUGUGGAACCUGGAUUCGUCCAUCCUGACCGGAGCUUCCUUUGAUUCUCCCAGCAGCCUCUCUCCGCCGCUCGCCAUGUCGCCGUCCGACUGCAGCCCCAGCCUCCUGAGCUGCGGCGGCCGCACCUUCACGCCCUGCCUGCCCGCUCCUCCUCCUCCGCCGCCGUCGCCCUUCCCCAUCUCCCCCCUGCCCUCUCUCUCCGCCUUCUCCCCCGCUGCGUCUCAAGCCCAGCGGCUCUACUUCAACUCCCAGUCUCCGUUCUACUGACGGUGAGGCUAAAACUCUCCACACUUCACUUAUCUCACCUCAAGCUAAUGUGUUUUCACAUCCGUCUGUAAAAAAUGGAAACGAGAUUAUUUUUGUUAAGCUACGUUCUCAGAGCAGGUCUUUAUGUUUGGG